AUGUCGACUGGUGCUCGAAUAUUUUUUGUUGGAUCAUUAGUUCUAACAGGAUUAACUGUAUUUACUGUUAAUUAUUAUAUUGAUGAAGAAAAAAAAGUAGUUAUUUUAUUUAGAAAACGAUCAAAUAUAUACGUUGAUAUAUCUCGUCGAGAAGAACGACAUAAAUCAAAUAUGGAACAAUAUGAAAAACAAUUAAAAAUUCAAGAAAAACUUCUUAGCAGAGAUAAAUAA